UUUUUCAACCACUCCCCCCCGGAACAUGUUGUUGUUUAUGCAUUGCUGAGUCAACAACUUUCACAUUGGUUUGCAUAAAACAUCACAGACUAUAAAAAGUUGUUUUUUCUUACUCGAAAAAUGUUGUCAAGUCUUUUAAAUCAUACAUCCUCCAACAGUAUUGCUAGACAAUAUUAACUUUCUUUGUCGACAGGGUGUUGUAAACAACCGUGAACAAGUCGAUGAAGUCUCGCGCGACAAUUUGAUACUUUAACGUGAAGUAGAAGAAGUAUAAUGCGUCUAUACACUAAAUCUCACGUUAACGUCGCUAUAAUUUUUGUGGUAAUUGUCUUAUCGUUUGCGUUUGUAUGGAUGAGAGCGAUUGGAUACAAUUUAUCGUCUUAUACCAACAUAAGUCUGGUAGACCGUGAUAAUGCCGAGGACUUAUUGAAGUUUAACUAUCUCGAACUGCAGAAGGCACAAUUACAGACUGAAUAUCAUGUCACGAAGACUGCCAACGACUAUCAAGCUGAGUCAGGAUUAGGAAUAGGGUUAGGGGUUUCACAGACCUGCAUCAACAAUGGGAUUUCCCUUGAUAAUUUCAAUGAAGUGUUAAAUAACUUGAAGAAUACCAGGAUUGAAGUCUGUAGGUCGGCACACGCACUUUUCUCAAGAUUAUUUUAUUUUCGAAAGAGUGAAACGGAAGUUGUUCUGUCUGAUACUUUUUCGAAAAAGGUUUUGUCCUGGUUUAAUGGCGAUGAGAAACUUUUGGAAUCUACAAAACACCAGUUUAUUUUAGUAAUUAUGAACAAAUACACUAAGGAUGCGACGCUAUUAAAUCCUUUACGAAAUAAGCGACCUGGGUUUGCUGGUGCAGAAGACGUUGAUAAACUGAUGACCGGAAAGGAUAUUUUCGGUUACCUGGAUUCAAAGUACUCUGCAGCAAUUGCGAACACAUUCAAAAUCGAACGGUUUCACGGUCUUGCCAUUUGGAAGCACCAUAAUCCUUUAGAAUUCAACGAAGAACAGUUUUUAGAUUUAAUGAAUCUGUCUCAAGAAUGGUUUCGAAAAUGCUUUGACACUGAUCCAAACUUUACUUUACCAAGCUUCCUAUGGGAUAUUCUACCAAAAGCAAGCGCUAGUCAAAUUCAUCCUCAUGUUCACAUGUUCGUCUCCAAGGAUUUCUAUUUCUCCGGCUGGGAAAAGAUCUUUCACGCGACAAAUGAAUACAAAAUGGCGGAAGGUGGCAAUUAUUUCAACGAUCUCAUUAAGAUUCACACGAUAUUGCAGUUGAGCAUCACUAAUGGAGAUUCAGUUGCCUUUGUAUCUGUUACACCCAGUGUUUCAAACGAGGUCGUCAUUUUGAGCAAGCAUCCUGGAAGGGAUCUUUUCGUAUUAUUUUAUCGCAUCAUGAAAGCAUUCAUAAAGAUGAAACUUUAUGCCAUCAGCGCAGGCGGAGUCUUUCCGUCACUGAACCCUGCCUCCUCAAAGAAGAAAAUGCCUUGCAUCAUCAGAAUAGCCUAUCGUGGUGCCAUUGAUAAGGCACGGUCAGACAUCAGCUCUAUGGAAUUAUUUGGGAGUGGAAAUAUCAACGUCGAUUUGUGGCAAUUUAAAAAGCAACUCCUUCAACAUUUUUAAGUAAAUCACCUGCAUGGAGAUCCUUGUGAAAAUUCGUAGUUUUGAUGCAAUAUAACAUUUCCCAGAAAUUUUCCAAAAGCGAAAUUUUCCCAAAAUGUUGUAAAUAGAAAAAAAGUAUGGUGUUCUUAAUGUGAACCAACACUGGCAUGGCUUUCUGUUGGCUGUGUCUUCCUUAAAAUCAUAAUGCCAUUCACAAUUGAACUUGAUUGAUUGAUAGCACAGUAAAGAUGAAUUUGUAAAUAACUGUAUGUGCUCAUUUUCAGUCAAUAUUCUUAUCUUUUUGAAA